GUGAGGUUGUGACUGCAAUUGGGAACAUGCCACUGGUAUGGAAGCAGGUCCACGGCGAACCCGCUUUCUGAUCACGGACACCAUUCAUGUUGAGGAAUCAGGAGAAUGAUGCGCCCACGGAUACCACACUCAUACCCAACGUUCACGCGAUAUCCGGGCCGGGCAUACUUAUUCACUGUGUCGACAACGUGGACCCGGCACUCGGCAAGGACGGCGCAACUGAUUAGUUCGCGUUUCAUUUCCACCUCAACAGCAGCACCAACCGUCCAGGAAUGGUCCCCACCACCCAGAAAUCUCAUUAAUAACCGUUGGCAGCCCAUAAUCGGCCUUGAAGUACACGCUCAGAUCAAAUCUGCAUCCAAACUUUUCUCCGCCUCGAGGAACACUUUCAAUGCGCCGACCAACACCAAUGUAUCUCUGAUCGAUGCAGCCUACCCAGGAACCCUGCCUCGAUUGAGCCAGGAAUGCGUAGAUCUAGCUGUGAAGACAUCACUAGCACUCGAUGCCCACGUAUAUCCGAUCUCUUCGUUUGACCGCAAGCACUACUUUUACCCCGAUCUCCCUCAAGGAUAUCAAAUUACACAGCACUAUGAACCAUUGGCCCAAAAUGGGAAGAUCGCGAUCUCUGUGCUCGACGGACUGGAUUAUCCGCUCACUGUGAGGAUCGAGCAGUUGCAGCUGGAACAAGACACUGGAAAAUCGCUGCAUGAUAUCUAUCCUGGAUUGACGCUACUGGACCUUAACCGAGCAGGAACAGGAUUAAUGGAGAUUGUCACCAAACCGGACAUGACAUCCUCCAAAGAGGCAGGGAUCCUGGUUAAGAAAUUGCAAGCAUUACUACGGACCGUCAACAGCUCUGAUGGAAACAUGGAUGAGGGGUCCAUGAGAUGUGAUGUGAACGUCUCUGUCCACGAGUUGGGGAAACCGUAUGGAGCUCGGUGUGAGCUAAAGAACCUGAACAGCAUCAAGUCCGUCAUGGAUGCCAUUGAUGCUGAGGUUGAACGCCAAAUAUCCUGCUACGAAUCCAAUGCACCUGUCAACCAGGCGACUCGUGGCUUUGAUGCCUCCACUGGGAAAACGUUCCACAUUCGAAGCAAGGAAUCUGCACCUGAUUAUCGAUACAUGCCAGAGCCAGAUUUGCCUCGCCUUGUCCUCAGCCCAGAUACGAUUAAGGCGCUGAAAGAUAGCCUGCCGGAGUUACCUGACGCGCGACGGGAACGAAUCAUGCGGAACUAUCAAUUGGGUUUGAUCGAAACCAGGACACUCAUGGGCGAGGAGGGUAUGGUCGAGUACUUUGAAAGCCUUGUAUCGACUGGACGCCAGAUCAAGAGUGUCAUCAGUUGGACUGUUCACGAGCUUUUGGGCAGACUUCAUUCGCGUGGGAUCGCCUUUAGUCCCACUAUCGUCAAGGUUUCCCAACUGGGAUCCCUUGUCGACUGCGUGGAUCAAGGUCUCAUCUCAGCCAAGAUUGGGAAGGCCGUAUUGGACAUGAUGGUCAAAGGCGACUCCCGAGAUGCGAAUGCAAUUGUAGAAGAAAAGGGCUGGAAGCAGAUGGACAACCGAGGCGAGCUGGACGAGCUAUGUGAUAAGAUUUUGACAGAGUACCCGGACAAGGUCAAGGUGGUCCAGAAGGGCAAUAUUGGUGUUCUUGGCUUCUUGGUGGGACAGGUCAUAAAGCAGAGCCAAGGACGUGCCAAUCCUGUGCUGGUCAAUGAGCUGCUGAGAACCAAGGUUGGGCUUCCUGAAGAUACCUCUCCUAUUGCAGGCACAGAACACAGGCGAAAGAAGAAGUAAGAUUUAGUGGCAAAUAUAAAAAAAAAAUCCUCCCGUGACAAGGCAACUCAAAAGGAAGUGGUGCACUUCGUGCCC